AGGCAACGAUGACGGUUAAUCUCAAUACAGUAUAAAUUUUCGUAGAUCUAAGAACUAAGUUUUCUCCCGGUUGAACUAGGAGCGACUGGCUAUAAAUUGCAGUCUUUGCUACACACAAUAAUGUCUCUUCUUGGUCUUUUGGAAUACGAAGGUUCAUCAUCUGACUCUUCAGACUCAGAAGAUACUAAAGGAGAUUGGAUUUUGAAUCAUUUAAGCCAUUCUACACAAAUGUCAGAAAAUGCUAAAACUUUUCACCUCCCCUCGCCUGAACUGGAACCAACCGUUGAUAACAACUCUUCGCGAACGUUUCAGGAAUCGUCAGUUUUCUACAACCCGUUCAAAGCAGAGGAGAAGAAAAAACUCGAUCUAUUAGAAAAACAUGUCCAUCUUUCAAGUCUAACUCCUCCUCCAAAGAGAAACAAAGGAAUUUGUUACAAGUUUCAAAAAGGAAAAUGUCGAUUUGGAGACAAAUGUCGAUUUGCACACAAUGUAAGCCUAAGAAGUACGGAAAAAAAGCAAGUAAACUAUGACGAUAAUCAUCUACAAACAUCAUGUGAAGAUGAGGACCAAAAUAUCAAAACAAAGUACAAAAAGCGGAAAGUGGGAUUGAGUGACUCGGUAAUUCCACCUAAAAGGGCGAUGAAAGCCUUCUAUGAGCAAAAAGGGACUUGAUUGGUUAAAGGACUUUCAUGACUCAUUAUUAAUUUACGCCCAUCAUGAAAAUCAAAACUUACAGGAUAGAUAGAUAGAUAUUCCCGAACAUGUAGGGUUGCAACUUUUAUGAAAACCAUAGGCUACCCAACUAUAGCUUGAGAGAAAGAAAAGAAUGAAUGCGCACGCUUUUAUAUUAUGUUAUCGAAUCGGCGUGCGCUGUGGGUUACCUGUGGUAUUACGUCACGAUCGCGUGCCUCGCGAGAUACAAACUAGUGUGGUUUGUAUCCCGCGAGGUGCGCGAUAGUGACGUAAUACCACAGGUAACCCACAGCGCACGUCGAUUCGAUAACAUAAUAUAAAAGCGUGCGCAUUCAUUCUUUUCUUUCUCUCAAUCAAUAGUUGGGUAGCCUAUGUGAAAACCUGAUUUUAUCCCACCUCUGGAUUGGAUGGCACUCGUUUGGAUGAAUCCAAAACAGGUGGCUUUUUAUCUUUUGUCAAAUUCUUCAGCCUGGAACUGAAGCCAAUUUGUUUUGUGUUCAUCCAAGGUGAGUUUGUGAUAGGUGUAUUCAAGUCCAAAAUGAGCAUGCUAUCUACACACUGUCUCUUAAAGUAUAUGCCCUUCUGCCAUCCCAAUCAAAAUACCACUAAACAAAAUUGUGGUCACCAAUUUAUGAUAUACCUGUACAUGAUACAGAAGGAGAGGGGUUGUUGUUGUUUAAAACAGCUUUGAGUUUGUGACAAUUGUCACAGAUGUUGUUUUUUGAAUUUAGGAAUAUGUAAAUUUAUUGUACCUUAGGGGAAAAAAAGAAAAUAAUCUUACAUGUAAAAAUCUAAAGAAAUGCUGUUCUACAUUUCAUAAUGGCUCGACCAUGAAGACAAAUUGUGCUAAUUAUAGGUAAAUCAAAAUACACAAGCUACUAUAAGUUAAUUGUAAUAUUUUAUUAUACAGUAAGACCUUACUAAGUUUGAUAAAUUAAUUCAUCUGA